AGGGCGGCGGCGGUGCUGGCAGCAGCGGCAGCAGCCCCAGUGGCGGCGCGCGAGGAGCCGGGCUCCGGGGAACGGGAUCCAGGGAGGAGCGCGCUCGGGAGCGGGCGGCGAGGGCAGCCCCAGUGCCCGGCUCUGGGGCGGAGAGCAGCCAAGGGAGGCGGCGGCUGCAGCGGCGGCGACGCAGAGGUUAGAGCGCGAAUCCGUCACCGUUUAUCCUCUGCCUUGAGGAUCCUGGAGGUGGGAAGAGAGAAGCUUGGAGUCCAGAAGUGCAGGGAUCCCCAGGAAGUUGAUGAUCCUCCGUGUAUCAGCAGUGGCAGAGAGAUGGCCACUCCUGUUCUGUGGGCCUGCUUCGUGGUUCUUGCCGCAGGGGUCGUGGCGUAUGCCCAGAGACACAGCCAGCAAGAUACUCAUGUGCUGUACGAACGCCUGGGUUCAGACGUGACCCUUCCUUGUGGAACAGCAGCCUGGGACACAGCAGUCACCUGGAGGGUCAACGGGACAGACCUGGAGGCUGCUCACUUGAAUGGCUCCCAGUUGGUCCUUGAAGGCCUGGACCUUAGCCACAGUGGUCACUACGCCUGCUACCAGGGUUCUUCCUGGCACCUGCGCUAUCAGGCCCUGCUACAUGUCGGCAUGCCUCCCCGAGAGCCUGUUCUCACCUGCCGCUCCAACAACUACCCCAAGGGAUUCUACUGCAGCUGGCACUUGCCCGCACCCACGUUUAUACCCAACACCUUCAAUGUGACAGUUCUACACGGCUCCAAACUGUUAGGCUGCGAGAAGGACCCGGCCCCCAAGAACCGGUGUCACAUCCGAUACACACACCUCUUCUCCACGGUCAAAUAUAAAGUCACGCUGACGGUUACCAACGCCCUGGGCCACAACUCCACCGCCAUCACCUUCGACGAGUUCACUAUAGUGAAACCAGAUCCUCCAGAGAACGUUGUGGCCCGGCCUGUACCGAGCAGCCCUCGGCGACUAGAGGUGACCUGGCAGACGCCCUCUUCCUGGCCCGAUCCGGAAUCAUUCCCUCUCAAGUUCUUCCUCCGAUACCGGCCGCUGAUCCUUGACCAGUGGCAACAUGUGGAGCUGUCGGAUGGUACCACGCACACCAUCACUGAUGCAUAUGCUGGCAAGGAGUACAUCAUCCAGGUAGCUGCUAAGGACAAUGAGAUUGGGACAUGGAGUGACUGGAGUGUGGCCGCCCACGCCACACCUUGGACUGAGGAGCCCAGAUACCUUACGACGGAGGCUCAGGCUCCAGAGACCACCACCACCACCACCACAUCCUUCGUCCCCCCUCCCACCACGAAGAUCUGUGAUCCUGGAGAGGUUGGGGAUGGUGUGGGAUCCUCAACCAGUCUCCUGCUGACUGUGACCGUGACCGUGACUGUGACAGUGACCACCAUAGCAGCCACUGGCCUCUUUAUUUAAGUCCCUCUGCAUUCCUGUGGAAGAAAAUGUUGAAAACAGAAAUGAACAACAACAACAACAAAAGGCUCACACACACACACACAAAAAAUCACACACACAUACACACACACACACACACAUGCACACACACACACACAUACACACACACUCAAAACAAAAAACAAAAAAGGAAAAAAAAAACCAAAACGAACAAAAAAAAGAUACCGUUGGGAUUCUUGUUUUUCUAUUUUGCACACGGUCAGGAGGACGUUUCACAUUGUCUCCAGCUUCACUUUGUAGAGACAACCCUGGCCCCUGACUCCCCUCCUUCAGCCUCCUGUCCCCAGUCUUUACUCCCAGCUACCUGAUACCUUUCUCCCCUCCUGCGGCCCUGCAGCCCUCUAGCUCUGGUUUUCUGCCUCCUCUCCAGCCCUCAGGUUGUGUCCCUGAGUUCCUGGUCACUCCCUGGCCUCCCAACCUUUCUCCCCAGCCUUCCCCCUUCCUCUGUGGGAGGCCCCCACAUCUCUGAGAGGGGAUAAACUACUUAAGAGGAGACCUCCCCUCCCUCCCCUGUAGGCAAGAGAGAGAACCAUACAGCUAACCCACCCACCAAAGACAUAGCCCUUCUCCCUCAUCUGGGCCACCUCCUCCAGCCCCCUCCUCACCGGGGGCCCCAGAGGACUUGGGUAGGGGGUAAGGGGGCCUCAGUACCCCCUAAUGCCAGCAACUUUCCCCAUACCUCUGGCCCAAGUGCCCCCUCUUGCUCGGGUUUCUUCUACUGUCUCCUUCAGGGCAUUUGCCCUGGUUGGAUUAGAAGUUCCUAAGAACUCGUCCAUUCUCCCUCCAGUUACAAAUUCCCAUACCACAUGCUUUUUCAGUCUCCCCAGGCCCAGGGCUUCCCAACUCCUGUUUUGUAUGGCCCUCCCUCACCUUGCCCCUUCCCAAAGUAUUUAAUGCCCCAUUCAUCCUAGUCAAACCCAGUGGUAACUUGCUGUAUUUGAAUUUUUUAUAGAUGUAUAUAUACAGGGGAGGGGGGUGGGGAAGGGAAGAAGGGUUCUCAUUAAACGUCACCAUUUCAUGA